GACAUGACCAGGCUCAGGAGAAGACAGGUUUUAUACGCAACGAAUCGCAAGCAUGGACGCGGUUCGCUCGGCGCUGUCGAAGUUCUCCGUUCGAAGCUCGGACCGACAAGAGGCAGGGCGGGUACGACUCGCGCGGCAGGAUAGGAGUCGAGGCUUGAAGUUGAAAUCAGGCAGCCGAUGGAUGGUGUGACGUCGAGAACCAAAGCGACGGUCGAGGGAGUUGAAAAGGACGCGAGAAAGCGAAGGAAGCGAAAGAGCGAAAGGCCAAGCAGCCGCGUGAUGGGAUACGUGAGGCGAGGCGAGGCGAAGCGACCGCGAGGAUGCGCGAGGAUCAGGAGCGUUAGUACUAGGAUUUGUUUUGUUAGCCUGCGGAACGGUGGUUCCAGGAGAGCGGAACCAAACCCACAACAGCUGGAUGGCCACGACUCAGCUCAGCCGGGGAAACGGUGCGAAGGGGAAGGAAGCCUAAAAUGUCUCCAGCAAUUCGACCCAUGGCACGAAAGCGCGGGAACAGCGAGCAGAUCCCGCCAGUUUUCGACAGGGAGGGGUGAAGCCGUGAUCGCCUCACUUAGCUUUCCGGCUUAUUCUCUCAGCACAAAGACAAUGGCCAGGAUGUCCUUGAUCAAUUCGAGGAGCAAACCACGAGCAACAUCUUGCUUUCCCGUCCAAGCAUCAAUCACAUUGCAGACUGUCAGCUGAUCGGAUCCAUUUCAAGGCUGAGGCUCCACUACGAGACAGAUUGAGCAGACGAGCAGAAGAUCGGUCAAGGAGCAGGAGUUGCAUGGAGUGCAGGCGCCAAUCAUCAUUACUAUUCCACGCUCUCGUCUGGCAGUCUCGCGGGGCAAUCACCUCCUGCAAUCCCUGGAGUCAUGACGGUGGAAUCUCUCAAUUGUCGGCAGGCCGUCUUAAACGAGUCAGGCUGGAGGCUGGAGGCAC